AGAUAAAACAGUCGUCUGCUUAUUGGAUUGAUUUAUUUGAGUUCUCUUGGUGGCGCUAUUUACAAAUAAUGGUUUGCAGUGGUUCAAGUCUAGUCUGCAAGUGCAAGUGCAAGCCUUCAACUUCAAGGUUUUAACGAAAGGGAUUAUUUGCCAGCAUGAAUCCAGACAUCCAUGCGCUGUGUGAGAGACUGAUCCCAGCUACGUAUGUCCAGCAGGGACGUGAGGCUAGACGAGCCCAUGAAAACAAGAUUCGCAACCUUCUUGAGCAUCGGAAGUGGCCGGAGGAAGGCUGGGAUGAUGCAACCAUUGAGCUUCUCCUACAGGAGCUGAGUGUGAUGGAUAGCAAUAACUUCACCGCCAAUUGUGGGGUCGGGGAGCGGGAGGCGAGGAUUGCAUCGUCACUGGUUGCUAGGAGACACUACAGACUUGGUCAUGGGAUUGGUCGUUCAGGGGACAUCGCUGCUAUACAACCCAAGGCUGCUGGCUCUAGCAUCCUGAUGAAACUGACUAACGCCAUGGCACUAGACGCUCUCAGAAUAACAGGUGUUCGUUCUACCGCAGCCUGUUUUGUUGUCCCUCUAGCCACCGGAAUGAGCCUUGUUCUUUGUUUCCUUGCCCUACGUCAACUCCGACCCAACGCCAAGUACAUCAUCUGGCCUCGUAUUGACCAGAAGACUUGUUUCAAGUCUAUACUGACCGCUGGAUUUCAGCCAAUCAUCAUUGAGAAUCGUCUAGAAGGGGAUGAACUAAGGACAGACGUUGAGGAGAUUGAACGGAAAAUCCAGGAACUUGGUGCGGAGAACGUCCUGUGUGUGUUCUCGACGACAUCUUGCUUUGCUCCGAGGGUACCUGAUCGUCUUGAGGAAAUUGCCAAAUUAUGCAAAGACACUGGUGUGGGGCAUGUUGUGAACAACGCAUACGGCGUGCAGUCUUCAAAAUGUAUGCAUCUGAUUCAGCAAGCAUCCAGAGUGGGAAGGGUGGACGCCUUCGUCCAAAGUACCGACAAAAACUUCCUUGUUCCUGUUGGGGGAUCAAUCAUUGCUGGAACGGAUGAGAGAUUCGUGGAUAAGAUCGCGCAGACUUUUCCCGGUCGCGCAUCUGCGUCGCCCUCUAUUGACCUCUUCAUCACGUUUCUUUCCCUUGGAGCAAACGGUUACAAGAAACUUCUGAAGGAGCGAAAGGAGAUGUAUGUUUAUCUUCAGGAGGAACUGAAGAACAUUGCAGAAGCCCAUGGGGAGAGGUUGCUGGGCAUGCCCCAUAACCCUAUCUCCAUGGCGAUGACCUUAGGUCAACAUGCAGAGGAUGAUGGGAAGGCAGUGUCAGAGGUGGGAUCCAUGCUCUUCAAGAGAAACGUGUCGGGAGCAAGGGUUGUGCCCAAGGGUGUCACCAAGACCAUUGGCGGCUAUGACUUCACUGGCUACGGCUCACACUGCAAUGAGUACACUACCGGCUACCUGACAGCAGCCGCAGCCAUUGGGAUUACUAAAGAGGAUGUGGAUUUGUUUGUGAAGCGGCUAGACAAGGUGUUAGCCAAGAGAGCAGACAAGAAAGCCAAAGAUGUAGGGUUGGAUGAUGUCAAUUAUGCUUGAGGCUCUGGUAAGAUUCAGAGCAAGGCCAACGAAAGAAAUUCACUUUAAAGUCAGUCAUCCAAAUUUUCCAGCAGAAUAGGGUUGAUCUUGAAGUCAAAUAUAUUUUCCUAGGUUGCGUUACAAUUGAACUUAGAUUGGAGCUUGAGUAAUAUUCGUGGGGAGUGUGGCCUAGUGGCUAGGGUUUGUGUCUCAUGGACAGUUGGUCAGGGGUUCGAAUCCAGCUGCUGGCCAUAUGUUGUGUCCUUGGGCAAGCCACUUCACCCCCACUUGCCUCUCUCCACCCAGGAUUA